UCUUUCAUUGUUGGGCACAAACAGUGGAGCACACUGUCAGCUGCGCAUUGAGUGAGAAAACGGAUUCGACAACAAUGAGUUGGCAGAGGCAGACACCGCGGUGCGGAAGAGUGUGCAGAGCCUGGGAGACCAUCUACUCUUGCAGAGACUGUGUCUUGGACAACAGCUGUGUGAUGUGCCAGGACUGCUUCCAGAACAGUGUGCAUGUGAAUCAUACCAUCGAGAAGCGUGUGUCUAACGGUGGCACUGGCUGUAACUGUGGGGAAGUGGAAGUGUGGAGAAGAGCCCCCUACUGUUCCAAACACGCUCCUGCAGCCUCUGGUGCCACAGCCAGGGAGACUCGAACUACUAGCAGGUGGCAGGAACAUUGGGAGGUGCCCCUUCAUCAACAGCCUGCAGCCUCUACUAGAGGAGUCACAGUGAAAAUGGAGGAGCCAAUGUGUCUGAUUGAUACGGAGCGUGACGGGCGCCUGAGUGUCCAGCAGGGGGCACUACAGGUCCUGGAGCAGAUCCAGCAGCCGGUGGUGGUGGUGUCUGUGGUGGGGCUCUACCGCACGGGGAAGUCCUACCUCAUGAACCGACUGGCUGAGAAGCAAAGAGGCUUUGCUCUGGGCAGCACCAUUGAGUCCAAGACCAAAGGCAUCUGGAUGUGGUGUGUGCCUCAUCCCAAGAAAGAUGGACACACCCUGGUGCUGCUGGACACAGAGGGGUUGGGAGACGUGGUAAAGGGUGAUGAGAAACAUGACACGUGGAUCUUCUGUCUGGCUGUUCUACUCAGCAGCACCCUGGUCUACAACAGCAUGGGCACCAUUGAUAACACGGCCUUGGAGAAGCUACAUUUUGUGACAGAACUGACGGAGCACAUCAGGGUGAAGUCCACUGAUCACAGCAAGAACACAGAGCUGAUGCGCAUCUUCCCUUCCUUCGUGUGGACCGUCAGAGACUUCAGUCUGGACCUGGAGCUAGACGGCAAGCGCAUCACUGCUGAUGAGUACUUGGACCACUCUCUGAAGCUGAAACAAGGCUCCACCCCUGAAGUAGAGAGGCAUAACAAGGUUCGACAGAGCCUUACAAGGUUCUUUGCCGUGCGACGCUGCUUUGUCAUGGAUCGCCCCGCGAACAAGGAGAAGAUGAAACGCAUGGAGCAGGUGAAAGAUGCUGACCUGGAGCCCAGCUUUGUAGAGCAGGCAAAUGAGUUCUGCAACUACAUCCACCAGCAGGCCCAAGUCAAGACCAUGAGAGGAGGCCGAGGGCUGACCGGCAGGAUGCUGGGCAGCCUUGCAGAGACCUAUGUGGAGGCAAUCCGCAGUGGGAAGGUGCCGUGUCUGGAGAGCGCUGUGGAGUCGCUGGCCAAGAUCCACAACAGCCGAGCUGUGGCAGAGGCUCUGGAGUUCUACCAGGAACAAAUGACCCAGAGAGUGCAGUUCCCCACAGACACACAGGAGGCGCUGUCUAGGGUCCACACAACUGUAGAGAAACAGGCCAUUAGCAUCUUCAUCAAGGCCUCCUUCAACGACCAAGAUUACCAGCACCAGAAACAGCUGAAGGCCAGCAUAGAGGAAAAAUACGGAGAGUUCUGUAAGAUGAACGUGAAGGCGUCUCGUAAUCUGUGCGGGGAAGUCAUCCGUCAGGUGUUUGCCUCUCUGGAGAGUGGAUUGAGCAACCCAAACCCACUGCCAUUCCACACUCCUACAUGUUCAGUUUUUCAAACACUAACAUACACAAGACCUGGAGGCUACAGGGAUUUCUGCUCUGACCUCGACCAUGGAGUAAAGUGCUACAGAUCACAGCCAGGCAAGGGACUCAUGGGUGAGGUGGUCCUGACAGAGUAUCUGAAGGAGAAGCAUGUGGUGGGCGAGACUAUCCGGAAGGCUGACACGAGCCUGACUGAGGCCCAGAAGAGGGAGGAAGCUUGGAGGGUGCGGCAAGAGGAGUCAAAGCAGCAGGAGCAAUCUCUGCAGGAGCGUACCCGUAUGCAGGAGCGCGCGCUACAGGACCUGAAGGAGAGCAAUGAGGAGAACAUCAGGCAGCUGAAAGGGAAGAUGGAGGAGGAGAGGAGGAGGAACCAGGAGGAGCUGGAUCGCCUCCUCACCGCCAAGCUGCAGGAGCAAAAAGAGCUUCUGGAGCGUGGGUUCAAGGGACAAGCUAAAGAGCUGCAAGACGAAAUCGAUAAGCUGGUCAGAGACAGGAGAGAUGCUGAUAAGCCCAAACUUGAUCACGGUUUCUGGUCCGAGUUGGGAGAUGGCAUCCAGGAGAUUGGCACUGGCAUCGGCCGGAUGGGGAAAGCUGUGGUUACAGGUGUGGGAAAUGUCGCAACGUCUACGGUGAAUACAGUGAAGGGCUGGUUUGGCUGGUAGCCAGGGUUCGGGGGUGCUGAAUACUAAUAUACUCUCAAUGAUAUUAACCCUUUCUAGAGUUUCUAGCAUUGCAAGUGGAGGACAAAGUGUUUUGUAGUAGAUACAUAUAUCGACAGACAAGCUCAUCGAUAAAUGCUUUUUAAAAUGUAUUUUCAUUCACCUCUGAUACUAUAUUCUGUACGUGAGCCAAACCAAGGGAACAUGAGAGUGAGAUUAUUCAUUUCAGUGGUGACUGGUUCAUGAGGGGGUUGGGAAUAUCUAGAAAGGCUACAGAUUACUCUCCAACAAUCUAGAAUGCGUAACUGUCCACCACUCAAGGCUGCAGUUACUCUCCUGCAGUCACCUAGAGUGGCUACCAGUUACAUGCCAACAGUCAACACUCACAGAAGUGCCUUUACCUUAAAUACGUCAGGCAUGUCCCCACUACACACAUCAUGCUUAAUAUGUCCACUAGAUAUCUAUAGGUCACUGCUAAACUAGAUAUCUUUCCAUUUCAUAUCCACUAGAUGUCUAGUAAUUACUGCUUAAUAGCCACUGUAUGACAAGUGAUUACUGUUUCACGUGUCUGCUAGUUGCUUCAUGAUAAUAUUUAUUAUUUCAUAUUCUCACAUUAUCACUCGUGAUGAAGGCACUGUUUAGUAUUAUUUUGUGAAAUGAAAUUAAAUAUUUGAAUAUUAAUCUUUAUUCACGAUAUUAUUGCAACGUUGACGUCAUUUGUUGAUGGUGUUUUUCUGUUUUCAGUCAUAUUAAUAUAUACAAAUAAAAAAGUUGAA